AUGGGAAUUAAACACUCCUCCCGCUGUAUGCUGCUCAGUGGGAAAAUGGCGGAGUCUGAGAGAACUGAGGUAGGUGUGUAAGCUUCGAUUAAAUCAUAGGCAAAGCUACACAACAAUGUGAGUGAUGCAUAGGCUAGUCGCGAGUGCAAUGCGCGGUCGCUGUAAGGUUAGAUUCUAAUUUCGAGCAUGGAAAGCACAACGCGCACAAGUGUAGGCUGGUACCUAUGCAAUAUAUUUUCUGGUACUCUUUGGGUCCGCUUUUGUGCAACAUAGCCUAUGACCUGUAAAAUGUAUAUGCCAAAUGGCACACUCUACUCAUACAAUAUUAUUCAUCUAAGCAUACUUCAAACUGUUCGUUGACCAUUAGUUGAGUUCCGUAAACUUAAUUGAUUCGUGUGACACUCUGUUUAAUAGUAGCUACCCUAAUGAUAGCCUACUCGUGUCUGCCACCAAUAAUUUUUCUGUCUGAGGCUUGUUCAUAAUCCAGAGAAAGGUCGCACUCGGUCAGUAACAGGUAAAGAUUCAGAGAAACGUGAUUUAGGGCGCGAAGCCCGCGGUUAUAGCUCGUGCGCUGUCCUUGGUCCUGUAGCAACCUCAAACUGGAACGGCAAUCUUGGCUUGCUCCCUUGAGUGGGCCACCCCGUGAAACGCAUAGCCGUGGUUAGUAGGGGUGCUGAGGGUGCUGCAGCACCCCCUUGAUAAAUCACAAUUAAAAAAUAAUUUAUAUACAUAUAAAACAUUCCACCAAAUUACUACACUAGGCCUUUAUUACUCCUGAAUGAAAAAUACUCAUCAGCAGAACAGGGAGUUUACUUUAGAUGCAGUUAACAUGAGAAUUGUAGCAUUUUCUGCUUGAGAGUACAAGUUUGAGGAACAGAAAAUAGGUGGAGAAAGAAAUAUUACUAUGGGUACCCAUAUAGUUUUAAUACAAAAUACUUCCUUGUGAUAAUUAAGAAUUGCGUAGAUUUUUCGUUGUUGCAUGUCUCAGUGUUUGUUUUUGCCCAUCCUGUCUGUCCAUCUGUGAAAGUAAUGUUUGUUGCCAUGUAUCUUUCUGUUUACCCAGUAUGUGAAUAGAACAGGUUAUUCUGUGUGAAUGGAGCCAAGGUUUGGAGCUGCCUGUUGCUCAGCCCCCUGUUACCAGACCAUCCCCAUUACGAGGUAAAACAAGGACAAUGACAAAGCUGCACAGUCACAGUGGCUGCCGAGCACAAGACAGAGGAGAAGGACUGACUCUCGUUAACAAGGCCAGAUCAAUAUCACUGACAGCCAUGAGAGUGAAAUCUAAAUCUUAAGAUAUAUGUGCACUGGGGAAUAGAACAAGAAAUUGAUUGAGUUGAAUGCUCACAUUAGUUUUUCCCCUUUUCCUCUGUCUUGAUAAUAUGUCCGGAAGGGAAGGAAAUCCUGGAUCCUUUUUCUUCCGCUGAGCUAUGGGCUGAUCAGACAGGCUUCUGUCUGUGCUCUCCCAGCGGGCAUUGCAGGUGACAAUUAGAGUUUUACAGGCACAACUUCUGUGUAGAAUUCUGUAUCUUCUGCUUUUCUCAGACAGACAGACAUCCUGUCAAUACUGUUAGUGUUGUCUCUAGACAAAUACGCUCGGUCAACUCACCUCUGGGGCUCCAUGGGAAAGACAAUGACAGUUGAAAGAACAAAUGAGAGAGGAAAAUAGCAAAGAAUAUAAACUGCUGCAAGAUCUGUUAUUCCCGCAGAUUGUGAGGUGAAUGCAAAGAGUGUUGUGCUUUCACAGAAUCAGUUCAUUGGGUUUUUGAGUUUUAUCAUCAUACAGUAUGUCCUUCACCCACUGUUUCUCUGUAGAAGACCUGACUUUUAGAUAUCUGCCCCCACCCCAUGACGUCUUUAUUGUGUGUUACCAUUCUCUCCAACACUUAGCAACAACAGCAGCCGCAGCCAAUCCGCAUCAUCCAAUCUCAGCGCGUGCAGCCCACCUCGCUGCCAAAGCCUGUGCCCUCCAUCCACCAUGUCCCGAGGCCGCCCCAUACGCCCCACGCUGCCUCCCUGCCUAGCUGCCCUGGCCGGGGGAAGAUGGCCAAGUUCCUCAACCCUGAGGAGAUGACCUCAAGGGACUACUACUUUGACUCCUACGCUCACUUUGGAAUCCAUGAGGUAGGGCUGCCCAAGGGCUGUAUGUAUCAAGCCUCUCAAACUCAAAGUAGUAGUGCUGAUCUAGGAUCAGCAUAAGAUUAGACAGGGGAUGCUUUGUAAAUACAGACUCAGUUCUUACCUACUGUGUUCUUACAAUGAAUCUAUGUAAAGUUAGUUCCACUAAAGACCAGCCCAUUUUAGACCACUUCACAAUACUGCAUCUCUUCCCGAGAGAUAUACUGUGUUCCACCUAGUUCCACUAAAGACCAGCCCACCAGCCCAACACUGCACAGUACUGCAUCUCCUCCCCAGAGAUGUACAACUGUUCUAGGGUAUAUGGGAGGAGGGUGUCAGAAGGGUAGAGAGCAUAUUUCAAGUAAGAUCUGUGAGAUGGGGUUUGUUCUGUGACAUUUUCUGAAGGUACUAGGUCAGAUGGGUUUUUAUCAUUUCUGCUCUGUGAAUGUUCCUGACAGAUAGAGAGAGAGAAUGGUUGAAAUGACUUAAGAGGGAUAUGCAGGAACCCCCCACUGUUUUUCAAUGUGGACCAGUGUGUCUAAAAUGGAAGGGUGAGAUUACAGUGACUGGCGGAUUAAUAUUUAAUAUACAUAGGCUGUCUACGUUCAUAUUGUCAUGGAAAUAUGAACGUAGCUUAGUGGUUAAGAGCGUUGUGCCAGUAACCGAAAGGUUGCUAGUUCUAAUCCCCGAGCCGACUAGGUGAAAAAUCUGUCGAUGUGCCCUUGAGCAAGGCACCUAACCCUAAUUGCUCUUGUAAGUCGCUCUGGAUAAGAGUGUCUGCUAAAUCACUAAAAUAAUAAUAAUAAUAAUACAGCUUUGAUUGAAAAACACCUUGUUUUUCACCUUGAUACACUGUUGUAAGUGGUUUUGACAUCUCCCACCCUGACACCAUUAAUUUGUCACUGAACAGGAGAUGCUGAAGGACGAAGUGAGGACGCUCACCUACAGGAACUCCAUGUACCACAACAAGCACGCCUUUAAGGACAAGAUUGUCCUUGACGUGGGCAGCGGGACUGGCAUCCUGUCCAUGUUUGCAGCCAAGGCGGGAGCCAAACACGUGUACGGGGUACGAGAAGCUGCCUCACUCCCUGCUCCCUGUCUGGCCUCGGACUAGAAUGUUAUCAGGCAGAACCAUCACAACCGACAGCAUAUGGAAAUGCUGUGAAGCCUGACAAGCUGCUUGCACGCCCCAGACAGUGUGCGUGCGUGCGAGUGUGUGUCUGUGUACUUGUAUCUUUACAUGUGUAUACUAUGCAUAUGUACAUAUAUUUGUUUAUGAAUGAAUGAGUUUGUCACGAUGCAGACCUGGUUUACCUCAGGUGGUUAUUGGCUGUCUGCUUGUCAGGCAGGUUGUCUGGAUAAGCUCUCUCUAUUUUAGAGCUCUCAGAUGCUGAGUUGUGCAUUGUGGAGCAGAAGUAAUUGCCACUCUAGGCAUAUCUGAAAAUGCAUGCUGGAUUUGGGCCAGUAGCUUGUUGAUAACCCGGUGGUUCUCAUUUUGUACAUUGGUCUUGGACAGGGCUUUUGUCAGUUUGUGUAACUGUGUGCGUGCGCGCGUGCAUGUGUAUAUUUUUUGUAUUUUAAAUUGUUCUGGCAAUUCUCACAAAGAAACUUCAUUGGGAGGAAGGCUGUUUGACAUGCUUUUUACAUUUGUAUCACAAAUUAUAUAUAUUUUUAAUCAUGACAAUUUUAGGCCCUUUUUAGACCUACAGUAUAUAUGCCUCCUUUAAGAUGUUAUGAUCUGUGAACCGAACAUUAUACAGACAAAUCUUGUGUCAAUUAUAUUCCUUAUAAUGUGGUCUAACAUAUGGAGUAUGUCUAGAUUCUGAAAUACACAUUUUCACAUUAAUUGAUUAAACAUUACAAAUAUGAAAAUGAAUAUCUCAGAAGUACCCUUUUCAUUAUAAGACAUAUUGUUUGGAACAAUAUGCUCUACAAGUACAUCACAUUUCCAGAGUGGGCUCUCUGUUAUUUCUUAAGUUCUGAUCAAUUUUAUGAGCACCACCAACACAGUGAAUGGUAAAUGGAUUCAAUGGAUUUGAUCUCAUGGAUGGCCAUUCCUUGCAGGGUUUUUUCUUUAUAAAAAAGGGGCUUACAGUGCCUUCAGAAAGUACAGUGCCUACAGAAAGUACAGUGCCUUAAGAAAGUAUUCACACCCCUUGACUUUUUCCACAUUUUAUUUUGUUACAGCCUGAAUUUAAAAUGGAUUUAAUUGAGAUUUUGUGUCACUGACCUACCCCGUAAUAUCAAAGUGGAAUUACAUUUUUACAAAUGAAUUAAAACUGAAAAGCUGAAAUGUCUUGAGUCAAUAAGUAUUCAACCACUUUGUUAUGGCAAGCCUAAAUAAGUUCAGGAGUAGAAAUGUGCAUAACAAGUCACAUAAUACGUUGCAUAGACUCACUCUGUGUGCAAUAAUAGUGUUUAACAUGAUUUUUGAAUGGCUACCUCAUCUCUGUACCCCACACAUACAAUUUUCUGUAAGGUCCCUCAGUCGAGCAGAGAAUUUAAACACAGAUUCCACCACAAAGACCAAGGAGGUGUAGCUUUGCCUCUCUCAUUCCUAUUGGUAGAUGGGUAAAAAAAAAGAAGCAGACAUUGAAUAUCCGUUUGAGCACGGUGAAGUUAUAAAUUAGACUUUGGAUGGUGUAUCAAUAUACCCAGUCACUACACAUACAGGCGUUCCUUCCUAACUCAGUUGCUGGAGAGGAAGGAAGCCGCUCAGGGAUUUCACCAUGAGGCCAAUGGUGACUUUAAAACAGUUACAGAGUUUAAUGGCUGUGAUAGGAGAAAACUGAGGAUGGAUCAACAACAUUGUAGUUACUCCACAAGACUAACCUAAAUGACAGAGUGAAAAGAAGGAAGCCUGUACAGAAUAAAAAUAUGCAUCCUGUUUGCAACAAGGCUCUAAAGUAAAACAAAAACAUUUACUUUAUGUUCUGAAAACAAGCAAAUCCAACACACACAACACUGAGUACCACUCUUCAUAUUUUCAAGCAUGGUGGUGGCUGCAUCUUGUUAUGGGUAUGCUUGUCAUUGGCAAGGACUAGGGAGUUUUUAGGAUAAAAAUAAAUGGAAUAGAGCUAAGCACAGGCAAAAUCCUAGAGGAAAACAUGGUUCAGUCUGCUUUCCAACAGACACUGGGAGACAAAUGCACCUUUCCGCAGUACAAUAACAAACCAUAAAGCCAAAUAUGUACUGGAGUUGCUUACCAAGAUGACAUUGAAUGUUCCUGAGUGGCCUAGUUACAGUUUUGACUUAAAUUGGCAUGAAAAUAUAUGGCAAGACUUGAAAAUAGCUGUCCAGCAAUGAUCAACAACCAAUUUGACAGAGUUUUAAGAAUAUUUUAAAGAAUAAUGUGCAAAUAUUGUACAAUCCAGGUGUGCAAAGCUCUUAGAGACUUACCCAGAAAGACUCACAGCUGUAAUCGCUGCCAAAAGUUAUUUUAACAUGUAUUGACUCAGCGGUGUGAAUACUUCUAUAAAUUAGAUAUUUCUGUAUUUCAUUUUCGAUUUGCAAAAAUUUCUAAAAACGUGUUUUCACUUUGUCAUUAUGGGUAUUGUGUGUAGAUGGGUGAGAAAAAACAAUAUUUAAUCCGUUUGAAUUCAGGCUGUAACACAACAAAUGUGGAAUAAAUCAAGGGGUAUGAAUACUUUCUGAAGGCACUGUAGCUAGGUGAGACAACCACAUAUCAGCGUCAAAUAUACAGGAUACGAACAUUCAAUUUCAGCUAAAGAAUUAAUAAAUAGCGUUUUGCAAAAACAACAUAUUUUAAUUCACACCUAAAAUCUAUUAAUAAAAAAUCAGAGAACAGUGAAGGUACACACACAUGAAGGUACCCAUAAGCAACCAAACACAAAUGUGAAAAUUUUGUCGAUAUAACGUUUUGGAAAUAAACUCUUCAAAUGUAAAAAGCAUGUCAAACAUCCUUCCUCCCAAUUAAGUUUCUAUGUGAGAAUUGCCAGAACAAUCUGAGAUACCAAAAAUAUUUUCUGCAUACGCUGGCGUGGAAUCGCCUAUGUGCAAUUACACUGAGUGUACAAAUAUUAGGAACAGAAGUAAAUGCAACUCUAGACAUAGACUGACCAGGUGAACGCUAUGAUCCCUUAUUGAUGUCACCUUCACCUUAAAUCCACUUCAAUCAUUGUAGAUGAAGGGGAGAAGACAAGUUAAAGGAUGUUUAACUCUUGAAACAAUUGAGACAUGGAUUGUGUAUGUGUGCCAUUCAGAGGGUGAUUGGGCAAGACAAAAUAUUUGAGUGCCUUUGAAUGGGGUAUGGUAGGAGGUGCCAGGCGCACCGGUUUGAGUGUGUCAAGAACUGCAAUGCUGCUGUCAAGAACUGCAACGCUGUGUGUCAAGAAUGGUUGCUUUAUUAUGCUCGCUCUGUGAGCUCUGAGACCAUGCCGUUUUCAGAUCCAUCACUUAGACUCCACCAGAGAGACAAACCUCAGAGGACAGAUCUGGGCUCAAGGCCAACUCUGAACUCUCCCAUACAGAACAUCACCCUGUCAGAGAGAUGUAAUCACACACAGGGAAAAUCCGACAGUAAUAUUAGAAAAUACAGAUAAAAUACCUUUUGUGCUGAAAUACAAAGCAGACAUCCCAGUAUCAAAGUGGAGGAUCAUUCUUAAGCAGCGGCAGAUGUAACCUUGGCCUCUCUAAAUCACUAGUGCUGACGUUACUAAGGUACAGUCGUCAUAAGCCACAGCCUAUGAGUCUUAACAGGUAAAUCACAACCAUCUACAGCAGUGAUGACAUCCAUGCUACUGUACAGUAAGUCUCUCACACUGAAUAACUUAACCGUCUGUAUGCAGAUAUUUACCUGCCUUUAAGCAAACCUGGUGGAAUUUAUUCCUUAGAGGUAGGUAUGUGACAAUGGGAGACUGUCUCCAGGGAGGAGGUGUUGUGUGACUGCCUGUGGGUGACAGAUAGAGUGCCUUCUGGCACCAUUGGGAGCUGAGAGGCAAUGUGAGGGGCAUACAGAUCUCUGUGGGUGAGAGCGCCCACUCAGGCAUGGCAAUGAAGGUAUAUGCUGGAUCUGUCCCUGUCUUCGGCAAGGGAGAAAUCAGUGCCAAUUAUUGUGGGCUGAUAUACCCCACACACACAAAUUCGCAUGCACACACACACGCACGCACACGUAGGCUGCACAUCAUCGAUGGCCUACUCUCCCCCACAUGCCAUAUUACAGCAGGUCAGGCCUGGGGGAACAGAUGUGUGUGGCCAGUGGUGGCAGGCUGGCAGCUGACUGAUUACCAUGGGCACUGCUACUAAUGGGCUGUAGAGGGCCAGCUGUGCCCUAGGUGACAGCUCCAGAACAGCAAUGCACGGAGAAGGCAGGCCACAGCUAGGUCCCCUGGCUUUACCAAGGGCUCCAGCAUUAGCCAGCUUCCCCAUGUCACCCUGUCCUCUCUGUUUUCCAGAGAACAAACGGGUGGUGUAGAGCAUGAAUCACCUCGUACACCUCAGAGAUACUUGCAGAGUUGGGGAGUAACUGAUUACAUGUCAUCGAUCACAUGUAAUCUGGUUACAAAAAAACUUUAAUAAAUUACACUACCAGCAAAAAUAUUGUAAUCAGAUUAAAGAUACUUUUGAAAAACAAGCUGAUUACUUGGAUCACUUUUAAAUUCAGAAAUGAUUAUUUCCAAAAUAUGCAUUAUUACACCUUUCUGUUUUCUCAACGACAUUCAAUUCAGCAUUGAGAAAAGGCGCAAGUUUAAGUUUGUUCCACCUGAGCGAGUCUGACCACAAGUCAGAGACCACUAUGAUGACACACCAAAUGAUGACCACCAAUCAGAGACCACUAUGACGACACACCAAAUGCGUUUGAUGGAUCCUUUAGGUCUUCUUCUAAUGCCUCUAAAGGGGGAAGUAAUCAAAAAGUAACUGAAAGUAAUCUGAUUACGUUACUGAGUUUGGGCCAUCCAAAAGUUACGUUACUGAUUACAAUUUUGGACAGGUAACUAGUAACUGUAACAGAUUACAUUUAGAAAGUAACCUACCUAACCCUGGAUUCACGCCCAUAGUGGGAGUUGUGGAGUGCACAUGGGAGUAGAAAUCUAUACCCGCAGAAUCCUGACCAUUUCUAGGUUCAAUAUUGAUCGGUAUGACUGUAUCCUUGCUUUAUUCAUGUGAAGGCUUUCAAUUGAAUUCUCUAAGGUUGAGUGCCUUUAUUGUAUAAAAACAUAUUUAUUGUAUAAAACCUCUCUAUUUUUGUCAGUUCAAUAAAUCAAGCACAUUGAAAGGGCAGAUGGCGCAGUUGGGCGCUCAUGGUGGGGUUCCGGUCUAUGGGCCCCGGGCCCCCUACAAUGUGGCCAUUGUGAAAUCCAGACAGGAAGGCAGAGUACCACUAACACGGGGAGAGCUGUUUUUUAUACAGGCAGAGAUCAAGCUGUGCAAAUGUGGCCUUUUACUUGAGAGUAUGUAUGUUCAUGUGUCAGUGUGCCAUGUGAGUGUGUCUGUGUUAAAGGGAGAGAAAAGAGAGAUAGAGAAGGUGAGUGGGCCUUCAGGUCCUGCUUCCCAUUACCUGAAGUACACAGCUCUGACAGCUGAGCACAGGGAGGGACAGACUGUUCUAUUCUUUGUUUCUUUAGCUCUACUAACUACCAUCUCAGACCCCAUCUGGUUGGACAUAGUUAGAGAGUGGCAUAGUCCACCAUUAUCAUCCAAACAUUAUCCACAUCUGAUGCACAGUAGUAUCUUAAGCCUUUAACAGUCCCGUAAUGAGUUGAAGCAUUUUUUGCCUUGGUGAUUUUACAUUUUAGUCAUUUAGCAGACGCUCUUAUCCAAAACAACUUACAGUAGUGAGAGCAUACAUUUUUCAUACUGGCCCCCCGUGGGAAUCAAACCCACAACCCUGGCGUUGCAAGUGCCAUGCUCUACCAACUGAGCUACAGGAGGUAUUAGUGUCAAAAUGUUUUAAGUGAUUUUUGUUUUGCUUUUUUCACAGAUUGAAUGUUCCAGUAUAUCGGAGUACUCUGAGAAAAUCAUCAAGUCUAACCACCUGGACAGUGGUAAGAGCUGAAGGUCUUUCUUAUUCACUGUGCCUAUUCACUAUUCUCCUCAGAGAUGCAGUACAACAGGGAUGUGUGGUGGAGUGUGACUGUCAUUGUCUGAAAAGGGAGGAUUCACCAAGAAUGUGGAAAGUUGUCCUUCUGUGUGCAAUAGGUUAAUUUAAAACAUAAUAUGAAAGUAACCUCUAUUCUCACUUAUCUGUAGUACAGUAAUAUUUUAUAGAGGAACAACAACACAUUAAUGCAAAAUGGUCACUCAGCUAACAGCUAAGCUGUGAUUUAAGCCCUAACAAAAUAAUAACAGCAUAAACAAUGUGGCACCAGCAAAAUCGAUCUUUCCAAAUCUCUGCCUAUAAAAUAUGGAUGGGGUAAUUGAGUGGACCAGCUCAUUUGGAACCUCCAGUUUGUUUUCGAAAGCUUUUGGCAAGCCAAGGACAGAGUGCAAAUACUUCCUUUCUUGGAGAAACUGUAUUCAAUAACUUCCAGUAGAAGGAGAACAAGCGAUUGUCGCCAACUCAUCUCAGCCAGAGUGAGUUUCCACUCGUUUUCUUUAACCUCCAGCUGAGCUGAUUUACAUGAGAACACUAAGGGCUGGCUGUGUGGCUCUGCAUAGGGAUAGCUGGCACUGGGAUACCAUAAUGUGGUAUAUUAUGCUCACCACUGAGUGCUCACCACUGAAAGUGUGUCCGAGAUCUUUUGUCAGUGUUUGUAUGUGACAAAAUGGCGUCACGGCCCAAUAAUAGAGUGACAAAGACAUGAUCAGUCUAUAAUUUUAAUGGUAGGACUAGUUGAACAGUGAGAGACAGAAUAACAACAAAAAAAUCCAGAAAAACGCAUGUCAAAAAUGUUAAACAUGCAAAACAUGACUUAAUACUUGGUGGCAAAACCCUUGUUGGCAAUCACAGAGGUCAGACGUUUCUUGUAGUUGGCCACCAGGUUUGCACACAUCUCAGGAGGGAUUUUGUUCCACUCCUCUUUGCAGAUCUUCUCCAAGUCAUUAAGGUUUCGAGGCUGACGUUUGGCAACUAGAACCUUCAGCUCCCUCCACAGAUUUUCUACGGGAUUAAGGUCUGGAGACUGGCAGGCCACUCCAGGACCUUAAUGUGCUUCUUCUUGAGCCACUCCUUUGUUGCCUUGGCCGUGUGUUUUGGGUCAUUGUCAUGCUGGAAUACCCAUCCAUGACCCAUUUUCAAUGACCUGGCUGAGGGAAGGAGGUUCUCACCCAAGAUUUGACGGUACAUGGCCCCAUCCAUCGUCCCUUUGAUGCGGUGAAGUUGUCCUGUCCCCUUAGCAGAAAAACACCCCCAAAGCAUAAUGUUUCCACCUCCAUGUUUGACGGUGGGGAUGGUGUUCCUGGGGUCAUAGGCAGCAUUCCUCCUCCUCCAAACACGGUGAGUUGAGUUGAUGCCAAAGAGCUCGAUUUUGGUCUCAUCUGACCACAACACUUUCACCCAGUUCUCCUCUGAAUCAUUCAGAUGUUCAUUGGCAAACUUCAGACGGCCUUGUAUAUGUGCUUUCUUGAGCAGGGGGACCUUGCGGGCGCUGCAGGAUUUCAGUCCUUCACGGCGUAGUGUGUUACCAAUUGUUUUCUUGGUGACUAUGGUCCCAGCUGCCUUCAGAUCAUUGAGAAGAUCCUCCUGUGUAGUUCUGGGCUGAUUCCUCACCGUUCUCAUGAUCAUUGCAACUCCACGAGGUGAGAUCUUGCAUGGAGCCCCAGGCCUGAGGGUGAUUGACAAGUCUUUUGUGUUUCUUCCAUUUGCGAAUAAUCACACCAACUGUUGUCACCUUCUCACCAAGCUGCUUGGCGGUGGUCUUGUAGCCCAUUCCAGCCUUGUGUAGGUCUACAAUCUUGUCCCUGACAUCCUUGGAGAGGUCUUUGGUCUUGGCCAUGGUGGAGAGUUUGGAAUCUGAUUGAUUGAUUGCUUCUGUGGACAGGUGUCUUUUAUACAGGUAACAAGCUGAGAUUAGGAGCACUCCCUUUAAGAGUGUGCUCCUAAUCUCAGCUCGUUACCUGUAUAAAAGACACCUGGGAGCCAGAAAUCUUUCUGAUUGAGAGGGGGUCAAAUACUUAUUUCCCUCAUUAAAAUGCAAAUCAAUUUAUAACAUUUUUGACAUGCGUUUUUCUGGAUUUUUUUGUUGUUAUUCUGUCUCUCACUGUUCAAAUAAACCUACCAUUAAAAUUAUAGACUGAUCAUUUCUUUGUCAGUGGGCAAACGUACAAAAUCAGCAGGGGAUCAAAUACUUUUUUCCCUCACUGUAACACCUUUGAGUGCGGCAGUAUCAGUAUCACUUGAAACCCCACCUCUUUAAGGAAUACCUGGGAUAGGAUAAAGUAAUCCUUCUACCCCCCCCCCCCCCCCCCCCCCCCCAAAAAAAAAAAAACACAAAAAAAAAACAUAUUGUAAAGUGUUUAUCCCACUGGCUAUAAGGUGAAUGCACCAAUUUGUAAGUCGCUCUGGAUAAGAGCAUCUGCUAAAUGACAUAAAUGUAAAUGUAAAUGUAUCAUUCAUUAUAAUGUGGUGCUUACUGUAUGUGUAGACAGAGCGCUGGAAAGGGGACUUAAAAUGUGACUUAAAAUGUGAAAAAAUUUCAAGAAGAGGUAAGUGUUUGCGGUUUUGCUUUAGAGCCCAGUCUUCAGUCAUCAUUUUAGCUAAAAGUCUGAUUUGAUCUGAAUGAUAGAAAUAGCUUGUAGUGUAAAGUGAAUAGAGUGGUUGAAUCUCUGUGCUGUAGCCAGGGUAACCUAGUUUUCCAUUAUACACUAAACUCCUUGUCAUUAUUGCAUUACACUGUUUUGGUCUUUACCAGACAUCAAACAUACUGAGAAACUCAUGGAAUCAAAGCAUACCCAAAAGCACUUCAGCCCAGCUUGAUCAAAAAGGGGAAUCAUUAGCUCAACUGAGGGACUUGAUAAUCCAAAAAAAGCUUUCCUAACCACCUAAUCAACAGGUGACUAUGCCAGCAGCAUACCACUCUGCAUUCCACUGCUGGCUUGCCUCUGAAGCUAAGCAGGAUCGGUCCUGGUCAGUCCCUGGAUGGGAGCCCCGAUGCUGCUGGAAGUGGUGUUGUAAAUGGUGUUGAAGUGGUGUUGAAAUUCCAAUCCCAAUAUCCUAGGGCAUUGAUGGGGACAUCGCCCGUCUUUCGGAUGGGAUGUUAAACGGGUGUACUGACUCUGUGGUCACAAAAAAUCCCAUAGAAUUUAUCGUAAGAGUAGGGGUGUUAUCCCCGGUGUCCUGACUAAAUUCCCAACCUGGCCCCAUUUCCAUGGCCACCUAAUCAUCCCCCUCAUUCCUAAUUGGCAUAUAUCACACCUCACUUCUCUAGCUGAUGUGUAGAGCAUUCUGUUGCAAAUUGGUUGCCACCCAAGUGGGUGUUAUACAUUGGUGGUGGAUGAGGUGAGCUUCUCCCUUAAUAUGUAAAGCGCUUUAGGUGUCUAGAAAAGCGCUAUAGAAGUCCAAUUAAUUAUGGCAGAGAAAAGAAAAGGAGCACUCAGUGUCUGCAUAGAUCUUUGUGUAUUCAUGAUACAAACAGACAGACUUGCAUUUCAGUAAGAGGCCUUCAUGAGAGAACGAUAGAGUAAUUGCUUUGAACAGCGCUAACAAGCUUGUAUUUGUCUUUGUGUCAUUUGUAAGGUCAAGCACACUUACUGUGCUGCUGAUCUCGGGUAAACGUGUGAAAAAAGCCAGAUGGUUCUUUUGUUGUUUGUCAACUGCUGCGAUAUGUUUUGGACAGUGCGCAAGAGUCGUUUGUCUCUGUGUAAAAGUGAGUUGGGGUAUAUAACUUAGGGGUAGAGGGUAAGGGUCAGAGGGUAUGGUUAGAAGGUUUGGGGAAAAGGGUUAGAGCAGCGUUUCCUAAACUCAGUCCUCUGGACCCCAUGGGGUGCACGUUUUGUUUUUUGCCCUAACACUACACAGCUUUAUCAAAGCUUGAUGAUUAGUUUAUUAUUUUAAUCAGCUGUGUAGUGCUAGGGCAAAAACCAAAACGUGCACCCCUUGGGGUCCUGAGGACAGAGUUUGGGAAACCCUGGGUUAGAGUUAUGGUUGGGAUUAGGGUUUAGGGCAGGGUUGGGGUCAAUUCCUUUUCAAUUCAGUCAAUUCAGGAAGUAAACUGAAAUUCCAAUAUCAAUUCCAAUUUUCCUCAUUGCCAACUAUGAGAAAAAAAUCAGAAUUGGAAUUUCAGUUUACUUCCUACAUUGAAAUGGAAUUGACCCCUACCCUGGGUUAGGGUUAGAGGUUUAGGGUUAAGGUUUAUUGUUAAGGUUUAGGGUUAAGGGUUAGGGUUUAGAAGCGACCGGUAUAGCUCCCCCUGCAGGAGCAGUUCCCAUGGGUGUUCCUGCAGGCCCAAACCAUGGGGGACCGGUGGGAAGAGGGCCUUGUUGAAGAUGGGCACAUGACCAUGGGCACAAUGAUCUGAAACAAACACAGAAAUUACAUUGGGGUUAAUAAUAGGGUCACAAGUAAAGCAUGUGAGUUACUAGUCAGUAUUAGGGUUUGAGUUAGGGCUGGAGACCAUGGGCGUUUAAUUGAAUAAUCGACCUAUGACUUACCCAGAUCAUACUGAUCAGAUCAUACAAUACACAGUAUAAGCACGAAUAGAAGGGAGUGAUGUACAAAAAGUACUAAAAAUCAUGGAAUCUUCAGCUAACAGUUAACAUCUAGAACAUUUUAACCUGCUUUUUGGAAAAUGAUGUUUGGGAUAAGUUGAGAGACUUGGUGUAUAAAUUGCCUGAUGACUCAAACUGAAUUAUUUCGCUGCUCUAUGUUCGCUACAUACUUAAUUGUGAGACUACCAUCAUUGAAGUCGUUUGUGGUGACCUCAAAAUGAGGGGUGUUGUACAAAACAAAGUCAUCAGCACUGGAUAAUUUCUAACCAAUCAGAGUAUCAAAGCCAAUGACACAUUUUCUAAACACCGCUUUACCCAAGUGUGUUCUGGAUCUGGCCCAAACCAUCGGUUUUUGGGACCAAUCAGAACGGUUAGAAUGUGUUUGCAUUCUAGAAGUUGUCGGGAGGUACUCAGAUCCAGACUCAUUGUGGACAAGAAACGAACGUCCGUGGGCGUGGUGUAGUGUUUGGCCCGGAGCAAGGAGUUUGGGUAGCCAGGCAUGUGUAUAAAUGCUACACCAUUAUAAUAAAAUGUACCUCCUUCCACAAUUUAAGCAGUGAUUUUUCUGCCUUCUCCCCUUCUCUCAGGAGAGUCUUUAGAGACAAAAACAAUGAUUGAUGAUCAGGGUGGUUAAAGAGCACUGAUUAAAUCAAAAGGGCUUUUUGACAAUGAAAUGGUGCAUUUGCAGGGUAUUUAGAAAGUGCAUGGUACAACAGAAACUGUUUCUGUAACUAAGUGUGUAUGUUGACUAUGUUGGCUGCCAUAUGCUGAUAAAGUAUGUGCUGCUCUACGCCAAGAACCUAGAUGUGUAGGCUUAGUAUUACUUUUUUUGUGCUAUGUGAUAAAUGGCACAGAAGUGUCAUGACACCAAAAAAGUGUCAGUCAAUCAGUCAUUCAUAUAGAUGAUUUGUUGUGCAGUUUCCCUUACCUUGACCUCAAGCUCCAGCUGGGCUUUUCUGGCCUUGGCCUUCUCCUCCUUCCUGGCUUCCUCCUGGGCCAUCUCCCUGCCCUUACAAAUGUUGAAGAGCGCAGUUUCGGCCUCCUCCCCUUCUCUCAGGAGAGCCUUUAGAGACAAACACAAUUAAUGAUGUGGUUACAGGACACUGAUUAAAUCAAAAUGGCUUUUGACCUCGAGUACGUUUAUAUGCACACUAAUCAUUUGAUAUUAAACUGAUUAUGGCAGUAGGCCAUAGUAUGGCAUUAGUCAUGUAAACACCUUAUUUUGCUUAUCUUAAUCGGCAUAAGGUCAUAAUCGAAGUAAGCAUAUGCCAAUUAAAACACCUGAGCUGUGUUCGAAUACUCAUACUAACAUACUAUAUAAUACAUACUUAAUGAGUAAUAAAUAAUAAUAAUAUGCCAUUUAGCAGACGCUUUUAUCCAAAGCGACUUACAGUCAUGUGUGCAUACAUUUUUACGUAUGGGUGGUCCCGGGGAUCGAACCCACUACCCUGGCGUUACAAGUGCCAUGCUCUACCAAUUGAGCUACAGAGGACCACAUAUAUACUACAUACUAUAUACUAUUAGUUCAUUUUAGUAUACUGUAAAUGAAUGGUAUCCUUUCAGUUGAGUGUACUAGUGCUUCGCAUGUCUACCGGAAGUUGAUGCUGUUGCUAUGCAACUUCUUGCUAGCUUGUUAGCAUAACAAAUUACUACCUAGACAUCUUACGACUUCAUUAACAAAGUAAAUUGAGAACGCACAACGACUAUACCAUUUAGCUAAGCUAAGAAUGACGUGAAUAAUCAAGUCAAUAAAUGAAUCCAGGCUCUGUCGCAGCCGGCCGCGACCGGGAGACUCAUGGACGGCGCACAAUUGGCACAGCGUCGUCCAGGGUAGGGGAGGGAAUGGCCGGCAGGGAUGUAGCUCAGUUGAUAGAGCAUGGCGUUUGCAACGCCAGGGUUGUGGGUUCGAUUCCCACGGGGGGCCAGUAUAAAAAAAUUAAUAAAAAAUAUGUAUUCACUAACUGUAAGUCGCUCUGGAUAAGAGCGUCUGCUAAAUGACGUAAAUGUAUACUUUGAAAUUUGGCUAAUUUAGUAUGACAUCCGGGAACUUUUGGCAUACUAACUAUAUCCACACUAUACUACAUACUCAAUUUACAUCACAAAUAUUAUGGUUAGUGCGGUUGGUAUUGUAUUCAAACACAGCUCUGGUUUUCUGAGCAAUCUUUCAAAUUAUUAGGACAUGUACAUGCCUUAAUCAGAGUUACAGUGGUGUUUUUGAUCUGUGCAUGUGCUAGCAUGAGCAGCGCAAACUUCUUUAUUUUUGUCACGAUCGUCGGUAAGAGAUGAGGACCAAGGCGCAGCGUUGCAGACGAACAUACUCUUUAUUUAUGAUACACGAUCAAAAAACAACAAAACGAUAACGUGACAGUCAAUGGCCAAACACAAACCAACACCAACAAGAUCCCACAACCACUGUGGGCAAACAGCCUGUUUAAAUGUGGUUCCCAAUCAGAGACAACCAGCCACAGCUGACACUCGUUGCCUCUGAUUGAGAACCACACUGGCCAACAUAGAAAUGGAAUACAUAGAUCUACACACCCUGGCUCAACAUAACAGUGUCCCCAGAGCCAGGGCGUGACAAUUUUGCGCGAGUGAAGUGAGUUCUGAAAAACUGAAAGUAUGAAUCUUAGAAAUACUGUACAAACUUUAUAUGUCUCAGAAUCAAAUAGGCUUCACAAAAAUAACAUGAUCGCUGUGGUAGAAAGUUGAUGUUAAUUGCCGAUUUUCUGCAUUUAUGAAAGUCCCAACAAGUAGCCUGAUUUCAGAUGUGUCAUGUAAACAUGAUUAUUAGGGAAAUUGUUAUUUUUGCAAAGCAUGUAAACGCUUGAAUCAAACUAUUAUAUUAAUCUGACUAUUCACAAUAAUCGUAUUAUUGUGUGCAUUUAACCAUACCCACUAAAACCUAUGCAUUUACUGGGUAUUUAGAAGUGCAUGGUGUAAGAUGUAAGAUCUUAAUUUGAGCCAGUUUGCUACAGCAGGAAAAGGAUGUGAAUUAUUAUGUGGAUUAUAAUUAAUGGAUAUUUCUGUAGGGUUUGAAAAAACUUUUGUUAGGGAAAAUCAUGUCUGAAAUUUCAAAGUGGCCAUUUCAAAACUCAAAUACACUACAAAUUCUCAGCAACAACAGAGUGAUCAAAUUAAGAUCCUACAUCUGUACAACAGAAAGUGGGUAAUAGCUAGGUUUCCAUCCAAUUGUCGACAGAUUUCCAAUGCGAAUAUUCAAAAAUCUGCAUAAAGAAAAGAUGCGCAUUUUCCCACCAGUAGUGUAUUUCCUCCAAACUGACUUGUUGCGGAUAAAAAUCAGUGCGUUAUGUUUUCAUGUACCGAAUAAAAAUCUAAAGUUCAAUGUGUUUCCAUCACAUUUUCAACUCUACCGAUAGUUUUGUCACAACUGUUGUGUUAAAUAGCAAAUGUGCCUACUCUGGUCUUGGCAGGUGCACUCAACAGCUCGCAGAUACAAAGUGGGUAUGUGCUGGUAGGCUACUCUACAUGAUGAUAUUAUUAUGGAUAACAGUAAGAAUAUUUGUGUUUGUUAAACUGCAGUCAAGCAUCAAGCAUAUUGGAAAGGAGCAUCAAGAUCACCCUGUGAAGUUCAUCAUAACUCAUCUGUAGCCUAAUAAACUGCAUGGCUUCCCGAGUCGUAGUGGGAGAGCCACACAACAUGUCAUCGCGUGACUCUAAGUUUACUUCGAUAUGAUGGUUAUUAUAUUGUGAGAGAUUUAUUAUUUUUAUAAUUGAUGGGAUGACUAACUUAGAAAGAAUGCAUUCUUGACUGGGCUAAUGUAGGCUGUGACACCUGGCAAGCUGUGAUUGAUGUGAAGAGCUGUUUUAGGGGGUAAAGUGAGAUAGGGAUUUGUGUCUUCAGAUGCUGGAAUAUACUGGUUCUUUGUGAUCUGUGAACCUUCCUUGGACGUAGGAAUGGUGUCUAAGGGAGCUGGCUCUUCUCACUAUGACAGGUUGUUAUGAUAUGGACAUAUGCCUGGUAACAGAGAUGCAUCAACGGAUUGGCUGAGUAAAGUUUAAACCACACUCAGUCCUUUACUCUGAUUGGCCAACAGAGAGGUGGGAAACUCUCUCUGUCAGAGUAUUUGAGCAACAAUCUGAAACAAUGGAUUUAGUUCUCUGGGGUGCCCUGCGAGGUAUUUCAGAGAGCCCGUAUAUACGAAACAUCAUAUUUACCAUUGAAGGUUUUUGCAUUAAUUAAAAUAACUAGUAUAUCUUAGAAGUCGUGUUGACCUCUUUUGUUCCUAAUACCAGAUUUGAAUUGACGCGACUUUGACAAUAUCAAUAUUAGCGCAUAAAGGAGUUUCCACCAACAUUUCUCGCAUAAUACAUUUUACAGACACAAAAAGAUCCCACCAUGUCGAACAAACAAAUGAUCUGUCGGCAUUUAUACAAUUGUACUGAAACUUCCUGCUUCCAUCACAGCUGUCGUGAUUUUUUUAAAUACAGUAUCACUUUACUCACAUAAAAACUGUGGAUGGAAACGUGGUUAAUGAUUAGAAUCUUUCUGUAUGAAUGUAUCUUCCCAGCUAGCACAUAAGAUUCUGAGAACCAUAUGUUUCUUACAUCUUGUUGAGAGCAUGUUGUUCUUUGGUUAUUUUGCAUACAACCUUCCCACAACUUUAUGGAUUAAAGUAAAAUAAAAUUGGUAAUGUUCUAGGAACGUUCUCCAAAUGGUUUUACAUUGGGAAUGUUCUCAAAUUGUUCAGAACACGUUAAGAAAGUAAGUUGAGACCCUGAGUUAGAAGCAGAGCUUAAGUGUUCUGUGCUGUGAUGUUAACCUCCUAUGUACUCUUCACAGAGACCUAAUAUGAUUUGCUCCAUGGUAAUGGUGUGUUAUGGUAUGUCUUGCAGUUAUCACCAUCUUCAGGGGCAAGGUGGAGGAAGUGGAGCUGCCAGUGGAGAAGGUUGACAUCAUCAUCUCAGAGUGGAUGGGCUACUGUCUCUUCUAUGAGUCCAUGCUUAAUACCGUCAUCUUUGCACGGGACAAGUGGCUGGUACGCAUGUUUGUGUGUGUGUGUCUGUGUGUGUGUGUGUGUGUGUGUGUACAUAUGUGCGUUCAUAUGUUUGUUGUUUUUUUUUUCACCUUUAUUUAACCAGGUAAACCAGUUGAGAACAAGUUCUCAUUUACAACUGCGACCUGGCCAAGAUAAAGCAAAGCAGUGCGAUAAAAACAACAACACAGAGUUACAUAUGGGGUAAAACAAAACAAAGUCAAAAAUACAACAGAAAUACAUAUAUAUACAGUGUGUGCAAAUGUAGCAAGGUAUGGAGGUAAGGCAAUAAAAUAGGCUAUAGUGCAAAAUAAUUACAAUUAGUAUUAACACUGGAAUGAUAGAUGUGCAAGAGAUGAUGUGCAAAUAGAGAUACUGGGGUACAAAUGAGCAAAAUAAAUAACAAUAUAGGGAUGAGGUAGUUGGGCGGGCUAAUUUCAGAUGGGCUGUGUACAGGUGUAGUGAUCGGUAAGGUGCUCUGACAACUGAUGCUUAAAGUUAGUGAGGGAGAUAAGUGUCUCCAGCUUCAGAGAUUUUUGCAAUUUGUUCCAGUCAUUGGCAGCAGAGAACUGGAAGGAAUUGCGGCCAAAGGAGGUGUUGGCUUUGGGGAUGACCAGUGAGAUAUACCUGCUGGAGCGCAGACUACGGGUGGGUGUUGCUAUGGUGACCAAUGAGCUAAGAUAAGGCGGGGAUUUGCCUAGCAGUGAUUUAUAGAUGGCCUGGAGCCAGUGGGUUUGGCGACGAAUAUGUAGUGAGGACCAGCCAACAAGAGCGUACAGGUCACAGUGGUGGGUAUUAUAUGGGGCUUUGGAGACAAAACGGAUGGCACUGUGAUAGACUACAUCCAAUUUGCUGAGUAGAGUGUUGGAGGCUAUUUUGUAAAUGACAUCGCCGAAGUCAAGGAUCGGUAGGAUAGUCAGUUUUACGAGGGCAUGUUUGGCAGCAUGAGUGAAGGAGGCUUUGUUGCGAAAUAGGAAACCGAUUCUAGAUUUAACUUUGGAUUGGAGAUUCUUAAUGUGAGUCUGGAAGGAGCGUUUACAGUCUAACCAGACACCUAGAUAUUUGUAGUUGUCCACAUACUCUAGGUCAGACCCGUCGAGAGGAGUGAUUCUAGUCGGGUGGGCGGGUGCAAGCAGCGUUCGGUUGAAGAGCAUGCAUUUAGUUUUACUAGUGUUUAAGAGCAGUUGGAGGCUACUGAAGGAGUGUGCGUGUGUGUGCACAUGCACUAACCGGACAUGCUAGCAGAACGAACAAUGCUCUAACCUCAUGGACUUAACCAGGGAUGAAAACCAUAACCUGGCCCGGUGUUUGGUUCUUCUCACAUGCAGCACAGCUGAGAAAUGACAUGUCUUGUGGGCAGGAUUGAUUGCAGGGUCUUUUUUCCUCCCCGUAUUUUACACAGAAACCCGGCGGACUGAUGUUUCCAGACCGUGCUGCGCUGUAUGUGGUGGCCAUCGAGGACAGGCAGUACAAGGACUUCAAAAUCCACUGUGAGUGUGAUUGUGUGUGUGUGUUUAGUUGGCCCUGUGCCCUCCCAUAAAUCCUGCUGCCCCUGACUCGCUCUCUAUUCCCAGGGUGGAUCUUACCUGGCUUGUGUUUCUGCUUUGCUAAUAGACCGUGAAUGUAGAACAACCAAUUGCAGCACAUGCACAAAAUACACACACACACACACACUUAAGCACACACACACACAAUUGCACAGACACACACACACACAAACACACACACACACACACAUUAGUGUUGGUGCAUUUGAACUUUUCAAAGGCAUAAGUGAUGAUCGAUCUGAUAUUACAAGUCAACAAGCCUCUCCAUCUCUGUGCUAGCCCACACUAAUGCUCUCCUGGAGGAUUUGGUGGAAUUCUUCAUUCUUCAUCUCAGCACAGAGACCAGAGACCAGAGACCAGAGCCAUGGCAGUAGAACAGAGGACAAGAAGCAGAACCAACACACGCACCCACUCCCCAUACACACCUCCACAACUAGGGAAUUACACACCGUGAACAGUGAGCUCCUUAGGCUUACAGAAACCCAGGCCACAUGACUGAGCACUAGUGCUGUUUCUCUCUCUGCCGUGUGCAGAGGGAGGUUUUAGGGAAAGCUUUGAGAAGAGAUAGAAAACGAUUGGGGCACCUUUUCCAUAUUGGGCCCAGUCUGGUUCCAACAAACAGAUGCUUAUACUGUGGAUGCCUUUUGAGAAGGGAUGGCAUGCUGGAUCUCUUAGUGCUCUAAAAUAAUGUUCUGUCGUCAUGAGAGAAGGGCUGUAUUCAUUAGGGCAUAUCAUAGCAAACAGAAGAUGGAAAUUAGCAUUUCUUAUCAGUCCAUUUUCUUACGUUUGAUGCUUAAGGAAUACGACCUAGGACUGGGCUACUUCAGUUUUAGGGCCUAAGAAUGCACAUCAACAGCUGAGGUGCGACCUGCUCAUUAUUCCCUCCUCCUCCUGUCGUUACACUUAAGUGGUUCCACUUUAAUGGGACACAAUAGAGAUGCUUACAAGCACACUAUCUUAAAGAUGCACUUCGGGAUCUGAAAUUAUGCAAACGUUUGACAGUGCAUCUUUAAGUACUGUAGCCAUGCAUAAUCCAUGAUCAGUUAACCUGAGGAGAAAAUAUAUUAGGGAAGAGAAGGAGAAUCUCUCUGUUUACUGCCAUUCACUGCACUGCAGUGAUGGUUAGCCGGCAAAGUGCAACAGAGUCUAAGGAAGCUGUCUACCCAACCCUAUAGAAGGGCAAUGAAAUACUGUAAAUCAGCCCUAGAGAGGGAGGAAUACAAUGUCUGUUUCUGAAAUGGCCCUCAAUUCCCUAUUUAGUCCACUACUUUUGACCAGAGUCCUUGGGCCCUGGUCAACUACAUAGGGAUUAGGGUGCCAUAUCGGAUACACACAAUGUAUUCCUCCCUCUCUAGGGAAGAUUUAUUUAAUAUUCCACCUUUAUUCCACAAAGGUGUUCCAUAAUGUGCUGUGUUUCCACAGGGUGGGAGAACGUGUAUGGCUUUGACAUGACUUGCAUCCGUAACGUGGCCAUAAAGGAGCCCCUGGUGGACAUGGUGGACCCCAAACAGGUGGUCACCAACUCUUGCCUGAUCAAGGUCAGCUAUGUCUUUACUUCACGUGUGUGUGUGUGCGUAAGUGUACAUGUGUGGGUGUAGGACUGUUUUGCAUGUCUGUGUGUGUGACAUGCUUCAAGUUGCACCGUCCGCAACCGCAGGGCUCUCCAGAGGGUGGUGCGGUCAGCCCAACGCAUCACCGGGGGACACUGCCUGCCCUCCAGGACAUCUACAGCAUCUGGUGACACAUUUUAAAUUCAGGCUGUAACACAGCAAAAUGUGGGAAAAGUCAAGGAGUGUGAAUACUUUCUGAAGGCACUGUAUAUACUGUAUUCUAGUCAAGGCUCAUCCUAUAUAACUACUGCUCUACACACCUUUUCUGUUCAUAUAUUGUCCAUACUGUCUAUACACACCAUCAUAUAUAUAUAUAUAUAUAUAUAUAUAUAUAUAUAUAUAUAUAUAUAUAUAUAUAUAUAUAUAUUUUUUUUUUUUAUAUUCUGGACUCUGAUUAUGUCUCAUUCUGAUAUUUUUGGAUUUGUGUGUAUUGUUUUGUAUUGUUAGGUAUUACUGCACUGUUGGAGCUAGAAACAUAAGCAUUUCGCUGCACCUGCGAUAACAUCUGCAAAUGUUGUGUACGCGACCAAUAAAAUUUGAUUUGAUUUGUAAAUGUGGGUAGGAUUUGGGGAGGCCCAGCAGUGUGAAAGCCCACAGUUGAAUCACAAAGCAUUGACUCAGCGUUGUCUCUGGGCUCAUGCAGUGUGGGAUUUACAUAACCAGUGUUACUGUUAUUAUUAUAAUGGACCACCAGACGAUAUCUUGAUCUGUUAAUUAGAAUGGGGAACAUAGCUGCUAAACUCCAGGUUUUGGACAGCUGUGGUGUGUACUUCGUAUCCACAUGCCUCAACGUAACUUGGCAAUGUUGGAAACACACCGAUUAUAACCUAAUUCGUGGUCACUUUCUGAGUCAAAAUGCAGGCUGAGAUCUACCCCACAGAAGAAAAGAAAAUAACAUAAGCCUAUGCAACAUUAACCUAUUAAAACCCAUUCUGUAUCAAUGAGGAUUGUGCAGUAGACUAUAGGAUGAAUACAUUAUUAUUGCAUAUUGGCUAUUCUUGAAUUGCCCUGCCAAUGUUGUUCAUCUCACACCAUUUAAAAAUUAUAUUUCAAAACAUGAGGUACUGGUAAUAGAUCAGUUAUUGUAUUACUUCUUGUGAGGCAUAAAUUGAAAUCAUUUGCAUUUCUUUAUUUUACUGGACUGAUGGUGUCUGUAUCUGAUGGUCAGUCUCAGUGGAUGGAGAGAGAGAGGGAGAUAUAUUGUGUGUGUGAGAGAGAGAAGCCCCUUAAAUUGAAAUUGAGAGAGAGCAGCAGAUAGGCUGCCUCUCACCGUCCCUCAAUUCUUCCUCCCUCCUCUGACUGACCAAAAAGGGGACACCGUCUUCCAUUUGAUGGCGAAAUUCAAGUCAGACUUAAUUUCUGACUCAUGCACCAAUUCAUAUUGUUACUCGUAUGACCAGGGAACGUGAAUUACUCCUCGAUAUUAGAAAGACACAAGCCGCUAAUAACAACGCAAGUCUAUCGAUACACUUUGUAACGCGAGUGGAUAGGGGAGAGCGUUUUAUAUCUUAUAAAAGUGUUGAAUAAAGUGACAGUGCUUAAUAAAAUCUUAAACAUGAACUCAAUCAUAAAAACAGCAGAUCUCUGCGGUAUUCAUUGACAGUCUCUCUCUAGUUAUGGUUUUUAAAGUUUCGAAAUCAAAUCUCACACAUUAGAGUCGACUACCAACUUCGCUGUGGGCUCAUGGAAGCUGCAGACAAAGUGAUCUGAGUGAUCUGAUUGGCCAGCUGUAGGCCUGUUUGCACUUGAUUUGUUCUUGUACCUUCAGACAUGUACCUUCAGACAUGAAAUGGUUGGAAAUGGGAAAACUUUGAUUAACCGGCGCGCAGGGCAGCUGAAUCAAGUACAAAUAAAAAAUUAGGAACGCAAAGCUUUAUCGAUGGGCUUUUUACAGAAAUGCUUGGCGAUUGACUAGGAAAGCCACAGAGAUCGCGAUCGACCGGUUGGUGACCACUGGGUUACAGUAAAGGGACAGUAAACAAUCCACAUACCAAUCACAAUUCAGAGGCGUCCUCAGCUGUAAAUGGACAAUAUGUUACCCUAAUGUGAUCCUUCGAUCUGAGCCUUCUGGCCAUGCUGAUAAAGUCCUUCACUACUAGGUACAGGGAUUGUGCCAUGCAUGAUGCCAUGCAUCUAUUCCCAUGUCUAGACUGCUGAUUGUGCAGUUUGUCGAGGAGCCCUUCUAGUUUAUUGAUUCUGCUUUUCUCAGUUCAGAUGUUAAAUAACUAAAGUGUUUCAAUUGCUGCUGUCUAAAGCCAUUAGACUGUAAUAAUAGGAAGCAGGGGAAAUAAUCUUCAAGAUUUUGUCCAUGCGCCUGUAAGAUGAAACCCCUUUGAAAAUGACAACCCACUCACAAGCUGUUGCAUGUCUCUAAUUGGAUUACAGGAUGAAUCAUAUCAUUAAUCUUAUACACAGACAGUGUGCAAAGGAGCUCAGGCUGUUAAAAAUAUAAAAUGAGUGCCUCAUGUUCAAAACUUUACCUUUGCUGUGAGUGAGAGAGAGCCGAAUUGACUUGUUGUCCUGCACUAUAAAAAUAUGACUUUCAGGAGUUUGUGGUGCAUGACUAAAAUAAACAGUUUUUACUCUUAUGGAAGCUGGGAGUUGUUUGCGAAAGAUAGCAGGGGAGCUUGACUUUGAAUUACGCUUUUUUGUUUUUACUGCUGAUUGCCCGAUACAUAAAAGUCAUAUUUUUCCACUGCAAAUAUGUGGGCCCACAACAGAGAGACAAAAACAGAGCUGUGGUCCACACCAUCUGCUCUCAGCUAGAGAAGAGCAGAGAAAAGGAGAAAGAGAGAGAAGAGAACGAGAAGAGAGAAAGAGAGAGCAGCGUCAGAGCCGAGACUCUAGCAUCUUGCCAUCUAGCUACUAGUAUCUGCUCCCCUGUCUCUCUCUCUCAUCCUCUCUCUCCUCUCUCCUCUCUCUCCUCUCUCUCCUCUCUCUCCUCUCUCCCACUGCAGAAUCAGUGACAUCAGAUACCCUGUUAAAAUAUGGCAUAUAAAGGAGCAGGACACCACCACAAUGCUACCCUGACAACAGUUGCUGCCUUGGUUCUCCAGCCAAAUGACCCCAUCUUCUCCUCGUUCUCCCCCCUAUAGUGGGGUUUCCUUGGCUAGUCCCUCUGGGGGGAGGGGGUAGUGGGGUUUGGUUUCAGAUCCGUGAACCUUGAACCCAAAAGGAGAAGUUGGAGCAGAGUAGCAGAAAGCAGAGGCCUCAUCCCUGACAGAGAGAAUAAGGGGCUCAGGGAUAAUACAGGACACAAUGCUCAGAGGCACCGCCACACAGCUCAUAUGACACGCAUAUAAGACCUGCACCUGGACACACUCACACCUCUCAGCUCCUUACAAGACUUAAGACUUGGCCAGCCUCCCAUGGCAGGCUGCUUAAUGGCCACCCACAGAGGAAGAGUUAGGCCUACAGAUGUAGAAUCUUAAUUUGACCUGUAUUGUCGCAGCAAAAUAAUCCUGCAGCAACAUGAUUUUAACGUUUAGUCCCUAAUGUUGCUUGAUCAGUGGUUAGGCUAUUAGCUGGUCCAAAUGAGGGUACACGAAAAGUGGAAUACUGUUAAUAUAACUGUGUGAUUAGUACGGGUUUUAAGUGAAUUUAUGUCAAUCACGAAGCUCAUUUGCAUUUCCUGUGGCACAGGAAAAUUCUCAGCAUCAAAAGAGUGAUCCUACAUCUGUACAUGUACAUGAAAAAUGGUGUGAAUAGAACCCCAAUCACUAUGGAUUCUGUAUGUGAUUAGCAUUAACAAUGCUAGCUGUAGAUGUAACAGAGCAGUGUGGUUAUUCUCGCUCUUCAACAGGAGGUGGACAUCUACACAGUGAAGACUGAGGACUUAUCCUUCACUUCAGCCUUCUGCCUUCAGAUCCAGAGGAACGACUACAUCCACGCCCUGGUCACCUACUUCAACAUUGAGUUCACCAAGUGUCACAAGAAGACUGGCUUCUCCACCGGUACGUCCUCAACUCUCUUUCUCUUCUCAGUCUCGGUCUCUCUCUCUCUCUCCCCCCCCCUCUCUCUCUCUCUCUCUCUCUCUCUCUCUCUCUCUCUCUCUCUCUCUCUCUCUCUCUCUCUCUCUCUCACUCCCUCCCUCACUCACUCACUCACUCACUCACUCACUCACUCUCUCAUUGAUUUUUCACACAGGCUUAUAUACUAUAGUAUACUACGGUAUAAAUACUAUAGUAUUCACUGUAGUGUUUUUGCUGAUUUUACUGUAGUAUUCAUUGUAGUAUACUGUAUUUUUUUUUACAGUUAACUAUAGUAGAAAUAUUAUAGUAACAUAACUGUAGUAUACUGUAGUAUUUACUGUAGAGUUCUUGUGGAUAUUACUGUAUUAUUUACUAUAGUGUUUUUUAAAAAUUAUCUUUGACAUAGAAGUGGAGGCUUUCUCCAUGAGGAAACCUACUGGACAAAUACUAAAAUAGCAAAUUGUCCACAACCUGUAGGUAGGUAGGUAGGUAGGUAGUUCUGGUGUCUGAACGGAUAGUUCAGCAUUCCACUCUUUUGUAUAACCUGUAUGGAACAAAAUAUGAUCUAUACUUGGCAUGUAGGUUUCUCACUUAUGGGUGGCACAAAUUGGGAUAUGGGGAAGGGUAAUGAGCAGGGUACUGUAUAUGCAAAUUAAAUACUGAAGUAUUUACUAUAGUUAACAAACUGUAGUGUUUUUGCGGACUUUUAUGUUUUUGCGGACAUUACUGUAGUAUUUACUACAGUGUUGUUUUGUGGAUCAUGCGGUAGUAUUUACUAUAGUAUUCUACAACAUUCUAUAGUAAGUACUAUACAUGUUCAAGGGAUACUACAGUGUGUAGUGUAGUAUUCUACAGUAUACUACAGUUUACAAUAGAAUUCUAUAGUAAACUGUAGUAUUUGUUCAUGUGGGAGGCUCAUAAGUGCUCUUGUACAGUUCACUGUGUUGUUAUCAGACCAACUCCUGACAGACCUAGGGGUUUAUCCUUUUAAUUGGCGGCAGCCGCAGCAGAUUAUAGGCUAGGAGAGUCCUGCUGCUCCCUGACAGGUCAGCUAGAGUUCCAGCUCCCUGCCCACCAUCCUCCCAUCCUCCCUGUGGGUUCAAUCCCAAUCCGUAUUCACAGACAAAGACCCGCCUUUAAUGAGCUCUUUGAUAGAAAGGCCUAGACUACAACAGCAAACACUGAUAUGACUGGAAAUUAGAAGAGCUUUGAGUCCCCAGUUGAUUUGCAUGAUCCAGAGAACUUGUGUGAUGGCAAGAAUCGUGUUUGUCAGUAAGCGACCUCUAGUGGUGGUGUGAUGUUAUCGAUCCUCUGUGAUUAUACAUCAUGUCUACAGUAGUUCGCCUUCAUCAGAGUUUGUGAUGCAAAUAGGAGACUUUAAACUGUGACUUUCUGUGGCUUGCAUUAUGCAUGCAUUAUGCAGAGGCAGUGGCAAGAUUACCAUGUGUUGUCACUUUGAAAAGUGGACAAUGUCUUACUUUUGACCUCCAAUCAUAUGCAGCUCUUCCAGCUCCUUUAGUAUUGAUUUGAGCCUGUCCAUCAAACCAAAUCACCUUAGCCAACGCUAAACCCUGCUAGGCUCACUGAACCCCUGAUACACAUCUAAAUGCGCACAUGGAGGCCUAUGUCCUCUAUUGCCAUUGAUUUCCUAUAUCCUAUAUCAUAGGACAGGUAUUUCUAGUUUCAAGUUUCAACGUUUAUUCGCCACGUGCACAGGAGAUAACAGAUGUAAAACAGUACAGUAACAUUCUUACCCUGAGAGCUCUUUCCCAACAAUGCAGUGAUUAUAAUAAUAAUGUAGAUAAUAAUAGAAAAUAUAUAUUUUUUAAACAACAACACAAGAAGUAUGAUGUAUGAAGAAGCACGAGAAUUCAAUUAUAUACAGGUCAGUGCCAGUACCUUAUUCAAUGUACAGGGGUACUGGAGUGGUUGAGAUGGGUUUAUACAUAAAAAGUGACUGGUAGUAGGAUAUACUGUACAUGUAAACAGGGCUGAAAAGUGACUGGUAGCAGAAAUAUACUGUAUAAAUACUUAUGGUAAUGUACUAAUGGUAAUAUAUACAGUACAUGGAAAAAGAGCAUACAGAGGCACUCGGACAUAUACUGUAUGCUGCUGGAAAAUAUCACCAAUUAAACUACCAUAACAAAUAUAGGCUUAUCUAUUCUGUUUAGGUUCCCACUGCGUACAGCUUUCAUACUGUAAUCUGUGUGUGUGUGUGUGUGUUCAUGCAGCAGCCAUGCUGAUCAGCAACUCCUUUUAUCCAUGAGCCCUCAAACGGCGUGCCUUUAAAGUCUGAGGUACAAAGUUACCCCAAGACAGCCGGCUGAAAUUCGAUUAAAGUUGUGUUGACCUUUGAGCCUUGGCCAAGCGAUAGUUUAACAGUGCAGGCACAGGUGGGCGCACAUUGUUGUUUUGGGCGGGGGUAUCGGUUAUCAGCAGUGUGCAGCUGGAGAUAAGCUGAGACACACAAAUACAAACACACACAUGCAUGCGCGCAUAUUGUUUAUAUGAAAAAAAUAACUACGUCGCUCUAGAUAAGAGUGUCUGCUAAAUGACUAAAAUGUAAAAUGUAAAUACACACACACAUAAACACACAUGUACAGUCAGGUCCAAAAUUAUUGGCACCCUUGAUAAAGAUGAGCAAAAAAUACUGUAUAAAAUAAAUAUGACAAAUACUUAGCUAUAUUGUAGGCUCCCCACAUCAUUUUAAAAUGAUAUUAUUUUAUAAUACAAUUGAUCAGAGAAAGAGAUUUUGUUUAACAAGUUAUAUUUUAUUUUCUCUAAAAGAUAUUGUUUGUUUGUUUUCAAUACAUUUCAAUACCUCACCUUGCGAGGAUAACAGCACUGAGCCUUUUUCUAAAAUGUUUUAUGAAGAGAACACAUUAGAAGGGAUCUUAGACCAUUCCUCCAUACAGAAUCUUUCCAGAUCCUUGAUAUCCUUCGUCUGCUCUUAUGGACUGCCCUCUUCAAUUAAAACCACAGGUUUUCAAUGGGGUUCCAGUCCAGAGACUGAGAUGGUCAUUGCAAAAUGAUGAUUUUGGGGUCAAAUAAUCAUUUCUUUUUGGAUUUUGAUGUGUGCUUGGGGUCAUUUUCUUGGUGGAAGAUCCACAUGAGCAUAUACACACGAGCACACAUACGCAUGCACAAACACACACACACAGUCUUGUACAGCUAACCUUGUGGGGACACACAAUUCAGUCCCAUUCAAAAUCCUGUUUUCCCAAACCCCUAGCCCUAAACCUAACCCUAACCCUAACCUGUACUCUUACCCUCCUAACCCUAACACUAAAACUAACUCUAGCUUCUAACCCUAACUAAUUCAAACCUUAACCCCCUAGAAAUAGCAUUUAGCAUCGUGGGGAGUAACAAAAUGUUCCCAGUUGGUCAAAUUUGUGUUUGUUUACUAUUCUUGUGGGGACUUCUGGUCCCCACAAGAAUAGUUAAACAUGUCCACACACACACACACACACACACACUUCAAGUAGCAGAAUGCAUGUGGGCGGGGUAAUGGGAGAAAUGGAGAUUGACAAGGACAAACAUCAGUAGGGAGGGUCAACCCAAUCAGUUCCUCUUAUCUAUUAUAUCAACAUUUGAUAUCCUGAUUUGAACCAGCAUUUUAGCAUGACAGAUCCUCAGUGCUGUAUCUACGUUUGUAAAUAGCAUUAUGAUAUAGUGAAUCACAUACAUUCACGGUCAGAACCAUGGGCAGCACUUUUCAGAACCAAGAGAUACAAAACGAGAAGAAAAAUACGAAUGUUACAAAAGUUGUGUCUUGGUGGCUAAUAAGUGCAUGAGAGGUCCAAUGUCAAAGGUAAAAGGUUACAUUUAUGUUAGUUUUUGUUGGUGGUCAAAACUUUGGCUCAUGAUUGUUUUGGUUUUAAGGGUCAGGUGUCAUUUCCACUCUAAAAGCCAAAUUAACUUCGCACUUCACUUGAGUUUCUGAACAAAUCUCCCAUUGACAAUAACGCAUUAUUUACGUGAAAAUAUGAGUUAAGCGCACAGAUCUGAAGUUAAGAUUUGGCCCUAACUGCAUGCCUGUCUUCCUACAGCCCCUGAUGCUCCGUUCACACACUGGAAACAGACAGUCUUCUACCUGGAGGACUACCUGACCGUAAGGAGGGGCGAGGAGAUCAUUGGCAGCAUCAACAUGAAGCCCAACGAGAAGAACAUAGUGAGUGUCUGAAAUCUAAGACCAGUAAAAAGUCAUUCACUUUGAGAUAGAAGUUACACUUUUAGGGGUGGUUUCCUGGACACAGAUUAAGUCUAGUCUUGGACUAAAAAGCAAGGUUCAGUGGAGAAUCUCCAGUGCUUUGUAGUCCAGGAAUAGUGUUAAUAGUGUUCGGUAAACUGCCCCAUCUAGGGACCAGAGUUUUUCUUAGUCUGGUCAAAUUAUUAGAAAAAAGGUCCUGGGGCCUCAUUUAUCAACUGUGCAUACAUUUCAUACUAAAUUCUGGCGGACGUGGAGAUUCUAGAAUUUUCAUGUGCAACAAAAAAAUUGGGAUUUAUCAAACUGUCGCAUUGAUAAAUCCGUCCCAUACUAUAUAUGAGCAUAACAACCCUGCCUGGAAAACGCCCUCAAUUUACCUUUUGUGGUAGCAAAAACGUCAUAAUUUGCUGUAUGAUUUGGAAAUGUUGGAACUGGGCCAUCACUGUUUCUAAAAGAAACACAAUGGCAAAUUUGAUGACAUUUCUGUAGAGGUGUGGGCAGAAUGUUUGAAUAUUUUGCAGUGACUUUUUCAAACAAAAAAAUGCAUGCCACCUAUAGCAAGUGCCAAGCACUGGCCGCACAUUCUGCAAGAUUGAUUGUCUAUUCAAACAAUUUUAAAGUAAAUGCUACAGCCCACACUUCUAUGCAAAAGAAAAAUUGUUCUUCAAUAAUUUGUUUAUCAAUAGAUGAUUGUAUUUUUAUCUCCUGCCGUGGUAUAGGCUUUGAGAUUAAAUAGGCUAUGAUGUCCCGCUCCUAUCGCACAGCAAUACUGUAGCCUACCCAUACUGUCAAAUAGUUUAAAUAGGGUACCAGUCUAUUUAUUUUCAAGCAUGCUUGGCUAUUGAAUGAGCGAUGGAUGAAUGGUAGCCUAAUAUGUGUUGUGUAGCGAGAAUAAACAAGUCAUGUCAGAAAAGGAGAGACAUGUCCUGCAAUAUGAUUAUGAUUUAGGCCUAUUUAAUAACAUUUAAAGAAACAUAAGCCUACCUACAUGCUGCUAUGUGAUCUCCUUACCAACGGCAAAUGCAUCUGUUUUGUCAUUACGUUUUAAUUAGCCUACCAUUGUGUGUAAAACACAAAUUCCCCCAAAAGAACAAUAUUUGAUUGCAAUACAAUUUUCCAACCACUAGAAGUUGUGCGUACGCAUGGUCUGAGCUGUGCGUGGAGAUGCACACUUUCCAUGUUCAAAAUGUAUAAAUACCAACCUUUGUGGGAAGACUGGAGCUGCAAGCUUUAGUCUUUUUUGUGCACACACAACUUUUAUAAAUGAGGACCCUGUCCCCUACCUUCUGUAUGAUAACUACAGACAAUGGCCCAACAGGGAUAGGUACAGGUUAUACAUACAACAUCUAUACUUGUCUAAAAAAAUUAAGUCAUAAGGUCAAAUAAAGUCAUUUCAGGCAUGUAAGGCAUUUAAACCAACAUUAUAUGGCUAGAAAGAAACUCAAUUCCACUACUACCUCUCCACAAUAGACUGCUUGUUUGUCCUUCAAUCAUAAUCUUUGUGAUAGAGGUCAAAGGAGAGAGAGCACUAAUCACUCCCAGACUAAACAGCAGAUGAGGAUACCAACAGUGUCAGUGCCCUCUCCUGCCAGAGGAUUGAAGAGAUGGAGUCCUGGAGUUCUCCUCCUUUCCUCAUCUGUAGAAAUUGCCUGUAUGAGAGCUCUCAGUCAAGCCCAUGUUCAGGUGAUUGGCCUGAAAUGAGAAAAGUCUGAACACUCACUUAGAUUUUCCUCUCUCUUUUUUCCCCUGGUGAAUUCUCUCUCUCUCUCUCUCUCUCUCUCUCUCUCUCUCUCUGUCUCUCUGUCUCUCUCUCUCUCUCUCUCUCUCUCUCUCUCUCUCUCUCUCUCUCUCUCUCUCUCUCUCUCUCUCUCUCUCUCUCUCUCUCUCUCUCUCGCAGCGUGACUUGGACUUCACCUUUGAGCUGGAUUUCAAAGGACAGAUAUGUGAGGCAGCCAUCUCCCACGACUACAAGAUGCGCUAG